AUGCCUCCUUCAGCGUCUGCCGCAGCCAAAGCCGAAGCCGAACGUCCUCCGUCAGCCUCUCCCGCAGCCGAAGCCGCGGGGCCCCCCUUUCGGCUUUCUGUUUCAGCCGAACCGCAGUGCCCCCUUCAGCGUCUGCCGCACCCGCAGCCCCCCAACCCGAAUCCCCCAAUUUGCCUCCUUCAGCCCUUGCUGCAGCCCAAAACCCGGGGGGUACCCCCUUCCCGAAUCUGCCUUUCCCCCAGUGCCCCCCCCUUCAGCAUCGGGCCGCAGCCCCCAGCCGAGCCCCGGGGUGCCCCCUUUCGCAUCUGUUUGGCAGCCUCAGUGCCCCCUUCGGGCGCCCUCCACAGCCAAAAAACCGGGCAGUGCCCCUUUCAGCGUCGCCCAGCCGAAACCGCAGUGCCCCCUUUCAGGUCUGCCACACCCAAAAACCCCCCAGUCCCCCUUUCAGCGUCUGCCGCAGCCGAAACCGCAGUGCCCCCCUUAAAGCGUCCCCCCACACCCAAAAGCCGCGUCCCUUUCCUUCAGGGGUCUGCCGCAGCCGAAGUUGCAUUGUUUCCUUCACGCUCCCAAAGCCUCAGUGCCCCUUCAGCGCUGCCACAGCCAAAACCCGGGCAGGGGCCCUCCUUCACCCGUCUCCCAACCCCAAAAGCCGCAGUGCCUCCUCAGCUUGCCAAGCCGAAACCCCGCAGUGCCUCCUUCAGCGUCGGGCCACGGGGCCGAAACCGCAUUUCCUCCCCCAGGUCUGCCACAGCCGAAGCCCAUUUCCCUUUCCUUCAGCGUCUGCCGCAGCCAAUUUUGCAGUCCCUCCUUCAGCGUCUCCCCAAAGCCUCAGUGCCCCUUCAGGUCGCCACAGCCAAAAACCGCAGUGCCUUUUCCCAGCGCUGCCACACCCGAACCCGCAGGGCCCCCUUCACGCGCCAAAAGCCGAAGCCGCGGGUGCCUCCUUCAGGGGCUCCCACAGCCAAACCGCAGUCCCUCCUUCAGCGUCUCCCCGCAGCAAAACCGCAUGCCCCCCCUUCACCCGUCUGCGCACCCAAACCCCAAAUUGCCUCCUUACAUCUGCCCACCCUCGUGCCCCCUUCAGCGUUUUGCCGCAGCUCCCGUGCCUCCUUCAGUGUCUCCACAGCCGCACCCGAAGCCGCAGUCCCUCCCAGCUUCUCCCCGAAACCCAAAAACCCGCAGUACCCCCUUUCCGCGUCUGCCACUGCCGAAACGCAGUGCCUCCUUCAGGUCUGCCGCACCCAAAAGGGCCCCAGUGCCUCCUUCAGCAUCUCCAAAACCCCUCACCCUCCUUCCCCGUCUGCCGAAAGUUUGCAGUGCCCCCUUUUCAGGUCUCCCACAGCCCACCGAAGCCGCAGUGCUUCCUUCAGCGUCUCCCGCAGCCGAAGCCGCAUGCCUUUUCAGCAGAAACUCCAGAGUGCGAAACACGUUUCCCCGAAAAUUGAUUUUGAAGGCCUUAGCUGUCAUUUAGGGUGUGGUGGGGUUUGUGCUUACUCUAGGGCUGUAGGCUUGGGGGCUCCCAAUGCCAUCUUUCCACUGAUCCAUGUGUUACGACACCGGACCAGAUUCCCCCGCAUGAAAAGAAAACGCACAUAA